AUGUUAGUGACUGAUUCUCAUCCAACACCGUUGAAUGCAAAUCCUACAAUUGCUCAAAUGAAAGCACAUGAAGAAGAAAAACUCAAGAAGGACCAAGCCAUUACUUGCCUGCAUUCUGGACUUGCAGAUCAUAUUUUCACGAAGAUAAUGAAUCUGGAAACACCAAAACAGGUAUGGGAUAAGCUCCAAAUUGAAUUUGAAGACAAUAACAAAGUCAAAGCAGUAAAACUUCUUGCAUUUAAAAGGGAAUUUGAGUUGAUGAAGAUGAAAGACAAUGAAUCUGUCAAAGAUUACUUUGGCAGAUUAAUGGAUGUUGUAAAUCAAAUGAGACUUCUUGGAAAUACAUUUGAAGAUCAUAAGGUAGUAGAAAAACUUAUGAUGUCAGUCCCGCAAAAGUUUGAAGCCAAGAUCUCUGCAAUAGAAGAAUCUUGCGAUUUGCAAAAUCUUACUAUUGCAGAGUUAAUUAGUAAACUUCAUGUUCAGGAGCAACGGAUUCAUAUGAGAGAUGAUGAGACUGUUGAAGGGGAUUUCCAAGCAAACAACAAGGGUAGGAGUGCUGGUAACUUGCCAAGAAAAAAACUUGUUAAGUUUUCUAAAGGAAAAACAAGUAUACCUUCAAGAAGACAAAUUUUCUUACCAUGUCCUUAUUGCAGAAGAACUAACCAUGCUGAGAAAGAUUGCUGGUUUAAGGGUAAACCUUCUCUCCAGUGUAUGUUCUGUAAUAAUCUUGGUCAUAGUGAGAAAUUUUGCAGAAUCAAGAAGAAACAAUCUCACCAACAAAUACAACAACAAGCAAAUGUUUCUGAAGAAGGCAAAGAUGAUGAGGAGCAUCUGUUUAUGGCAUCACAAGCUAGCAAUACUUCUGAGCUGAAUACAUGGCUUAUAGACAGUGGCUGCACUAGUCACAUGUCUAAGUUUCUGUCAAUCUUUUCUUCUAUUGACAGAUCAGUUCAACCGAAGAUCAAAUUGGGAAAUGGAGAUAUUGUGCAGGCUAAGGGAAAAGGCAUUGUUGUGGUCAGUGAUUAG